GUAAGUGAAGUUGCACGAACAGACGCGCGCUUGUGGCUUGUGCCAUAAAAAAGUUGCAAGAAAAUUUUGUGCAAAAAAACAACACACACACACACGCGUACACAUAUAGUAUUUAUAUAUUUUUUAAUAAUAAAGUUCUUUGCGUUUUUUGUGUUUUUUUUUAUUUCCUUGCUGUUUAAUUUGUGGCAUUGUGGAAUUUAUUUAUGCAACGGCAUAAUUUAUGAAAUUUAUAAAAGAGCAAAAGCAAACGCGAAAACAAAAAACACAAGCGGAGGCAGCGCAUAAGAAUGCAGUGAAAAUGGCCAUGCCAAAUAUGCAAAGGACAGCGCCUACUGAGCGGGUGCCGCGGCGCUGGCGGUGUGUGCCGACACGCACGUCGGAAUGUUUUAAUAACAAAAUAAAAAUGGCAUUGUUAAUUUUAAUAUGGACAACAAUAUGGUGCAGGCGUGAGUGUGUUGCCGCGGCACGCCAUAGCAAUCAAGCUGUGUAUAAUAACUACAACAACAAGAGUAAUUUGCACGAGCAGCUGGAGAUUAAUGUUGUAGACGACAAUGAGGAUGUUGAAGCGAUUGUCAGCAGCUGGGAUGAGGUGCUGGAUGGCAUUGUGCCGGCCGAUGUGGCUGCUGAACGCCGUGUGGAGCAAGUGUUAUUCAAACGAGAUGCAGCGAAAGCGGCCGAAGGUGAGUCAGCAGAGCUAAAUGCUACAGCCGGGUAUGAGUUCACAACGUUGGACGCGGUAAUGACAGGUGCGGCCGAUACAAAACGCAUGAUGACCCAACAAACAAUUGAAAUACAUACUGACGCAACAACAACAACAACACCAAUGUAUGAUAGCAACAGCGUGGCAACAACUAUGAAUAACAGCGUCGAAAUUAAUGAGUACGAAAAUGUGAAAAAUAAUGGAAAUGAAAAUGCCAAGCGACCAAAGGUUGUUGACAGAAAAAUUAUAGCAGCCACAACAACACCAACAGCAUCGUUAUUUGCAGCAGCACAUGUAGAAAGCGCCACAGAAGAGGCAGCAGCAGCCACACCACAAACUGGCGACCAACAAAACUUUGCAGAAAACUCAGGCGAGGGGAAGGGGGAUGCGCGCGAAACGCAGACGAACGCUUGCGAACCACCGGUGGAUGUGACAGCCACGUUGCAGCAGCAGUUAAUUUAUGAAUUUGCAAUUAAAUACAAGCACAUACCGCGUGUCACGUACUUCACCUGCCGCUGGUUGAGCCCCGCGCCCGGCCACACUUUCGGCGAACAAAUGACAUACUUAAAUAUGCAGACGCUGGCGAUGUUGCAGCGCAUGUACGGCGGCAGCAAGGCAGCGGACGAAAUGAGGUCAGAUGGCGGCGCAGCAAAGGCGAAAAAAGCCAGCGCUGACAAGGUGACAACAAAGCGCAAAAGUGCGCCUGCAAAUGCACCGAGCGCAACAAAAGCAAUAACAGCAACAACAGCGCGCACAGCAGCCUUAUCUAAAGCUGUCGAAACAAAUGCCCGGACAGUGCGUGGCAACGGAAAUACGCGCGGCAAACGUUCGACCACUGCGGUGCUGAAUAACGGAAAUGUGACGCAGAGCGGAAAAGGAAGCAACCGUGCCAAUCGCCGCGCUACCAGUGAAGCCUCCACCGCUAAUGCCACCAUCCCCACCGCCGCACCACGGGACAUUUUAAUUAAAGUUGUACAUAUCGAUCAAUUAAUCAAUAAACGUCCAACCGCUGCCAAUAACAAGAAUAGCAAAAACAACAACCAACGCUACAAUUGGAAUGUGCAACGCACAUUUGGCGGUGGAUUUGCCGCUGGUGGCGGUUAUGGUCGAUCAGCAGCAGGUAGUGCCGGCGCACGCAAUGCGUACACGAAUGCAAAUUGGCUGGCACAAGUGUUGCGCGACGAUGGCAGCCGUCAGGUGGUGGCGCUGAAUUUGGCAUGCGGUGCAGCGAGUCGUCGGCUGCUCGAAAUGGCAUCGAGCAAAGCAUUGUUCAAUGCAACCUAUCAUUGGCUGUUGAUUGAGGAUUAUACAUUUAAUCGGAAUGCUGACAUCGAUGACAACGCUGACAACGUUCACAGCGACAACAACAACAGCAAUAAUAAGAAUUGCAAGCGAACCAGCGCACAACAGAAUAAUGAGACAGUCGACGACGACGACAACAAUAAGAGCAGCAACAACGACAACAACAAGGCCAGCAACCUUACCAAUAAGUUUUUCGAACAAACUCAAACGCAGCAGCUGCAAAGGAACAAGCAGUUGAAUGCGGAGGAGGUGGAGCAGAAGCAGAAGCAGCUGACAGCGACAGCGACAUCAACAGUUGCCACUUGGAGUACUUCGAUUGCGUCGCCGCGCCCAAAAGCUACUCUUACAGCGACGCCGGUGACUGCCAAUAAUGAGAACACCAUGGAGAUUAUUGAAAAGUAUCUGGAAAAAAUCAACAUCAACAUAAAUACUGAGUUAAUAUUGGCAAAGCGGCACACACGGCGUAUACGUGACGGCGCUGCAACCGACGAUAACAAAAAAUGUGCGGGCGGCGGUGUGGCUGAUGGUGAUGGAGAUGCUGAUGGUCGUGGAGAUGAUGGUGUGCUUUCUGGCCGCGGCUGCGGCACGUCUGACAGUGAAAGCGCUACUAAUAAUACACUUCAAAGGAAGGAUUACUACCGGCUCUACGAUGUUUGGAAUCCAGGACUACAAUAUGGCGGCCAAUUGAACAUUUCGGAAAUUGGAUAUUUCGCACUCGAUGAUGGUCUACAAAUUGCCCUCUGGUAUCGUAGAUCGACCACAAUUACGAGGCGAAUGGACAUGAAGAUGGCACGCAUCCGUUGCUUGAUUGUGGUAACGAACAAAAAUCACACGGAUACUCUGGAGCAUUAUCUAACCGCACACUACGACACGCAUCUGGAUUCAAUGAAUCGCUUCAAUUUCGCACUACUCUCGAACGUAAGGGACUUGUUCAAUUUCAGUUUCGUGAUGUCGAAGACUGCCAGCUGGGGCUACCUGAAGAAUGGCAAAUUCGAUGGCAUGAUAGGAGCGCUGGUACGCAAACAAGCGGAUAUUGGUGGCUCGCCGAUUUUCUUUCGCAGCGAACGUGCCAAAGUGAUUGAUUACACGACACGAACGUGGGUGGCCAGGCCUUGCUUCAUAUUUCGUCAUCCGCCGAGCACCAAAAAGGAUCGUAUAGUGUUUCUGCAACCCUUUUCAAAUAUGGUCUGGAUUUUAUUGGGAUUAUGUGGCAUAUUCACCAUCUGCUUACUGUGGCUACUGACAUCGGUGGAGCGUCGCUUGGAGGCGGUCGGUGUGGUGAAGCAGUUGGGACACAGCCCGCGCAGCAGCAGCAACAUGAACAUCGCAGGCGCCACCACCAACAACCAACAAGCGAGUGCAAUCGGCGGUAAUGAUGAACUACCACCAGUUGGUUGCCGCUGUUCCACACGAACGACGCUAAGUGCCGGGACAAUGCCGAGCUGCGGCGCUCGCAACGCGCCGUCGGUUGCCGCAGCAACAAAAGAGCAACGGAAACAAAAGCCGGGCAAGUUGAUGCAACGAAGUAAGACGGAAGCGCGAAAGAAUGUGCAGAGUAUUAGCUGCAGGCAUUGCAUGCACGGCUGCGGUAGUGCGUGCUGCGGCCAGACAGGCAGCGAUGUGGCACAACAGCGCGUUGGCUUGUUCUUCGAGUCGAUGCUGUUCUACGUGGGUUCCAUAUGCCAGCAAGGUCUGACAUUUUCUACAAGUUUCUUUUCGGGUCGUUGCAUCGUUAUUACCAGUCUACUCUUCGCUUUCGCCAUCUAUCAAUUCUAUUCGGCCAGCAUUGUGGGUACACUAUUGAUGGAGAAGCCGAAAACGAUACGUACAUUGCGUGAUUUAAUACACAGCUCAUUGGCAGUCGGUGUGGAGGAUAUAGCAUAUAAUCGUGACUACUUUUUGCGCACUAAGGACCCUAUCGCCAUCGAGUUAUAUGCCAAGAAAGUAACUAGCGUGCCGACGGAUAGUGAAACGCCCUCCGAAACGACAGCUGACAAUGCCACCGCCUUAGCCACGCUCCAACCGAAUGUUGAGCUCACCGAAGCGGAGAAGGCCAAGGCAUACAGAGACAUCCUACACAGCCAUGAGACCGGUGCGCAUGCUAAGACAAACGAGGCGUCCAACUGGUAUGAUCCGGCGUAUGGUGUCAAACGGAUACGCAGAGGCAAAUUCGCUUUUCAUGUUGAUGUGGCAACGGCGUAUAAAAUCAUCGCCGACACAUUUAGCGAGAAGGAAAUUUGCGACCUAACGGAAAUACAAUUGUUUCCGCCGCAAAAAAUGGUCAGCAUCGUGCAGAAGGGUUCACCAUUGCGCAAAGUUAUUACGUAUGGUUUGCGGCGUGUUACCGAAUCGGGUCUAAUGGAUUACCAGCGCAAAGUUUGGCACUCACCGAAACCGCGCUGUGUUAAACAAAUACAUACGGACGAUUUGAGGGUCGACUUGCAAACCUUCGCAUCAGCACUUUUGGUUCUUAUCUUCGGCUGUGCAGUUAGUUUACUGGCACUCAGCAUCGAGAUUAUACAACAUAAAUUAUGGCAACGCUACCGAGCACUAGAGGAGGACGACGACGACGUCGACGACGAAGAGACUGUGGAGCAAAAUUGAGGCUGCAGAGUUGUGGCCACUGCUAGCUGCCAGCCUGUAGCCUGUCUGCCCUGACAACAGUGACAACCCACACGAGUGAUACUUUGCGGCGCCGCACACGCUCUAAGUACACUACCUGAGCCAAUGACACUUAAACGAGAUACUAAACGCCAGCACACGGCUCACACGGCGUAGGAAGACACAGCUAAACACUUUCACACCACACACAUUUGCAUAGCGCACAACUGGCGCUCGCUCGACUGUGUAUGCGUGUGUUGUGUGCAACAUUAUCUGAGCGACGGUCGGUGUUGCUGCUGCAACAUGUCAGUGGUGUAGGUUGUCACGUUGCUGUGGCCAUAUUAACCACACACACACACACACCUGUAUGCACUCGUACUUGGUUCUAAACGGCUGCCUCGUCAGCUGAUGCACACAUACAUACACACACCUUCAUGUUAGUUAAUGCAUUUAAACCGUUGCCGUCACCGACACCGGCACUGCUGCUGACACUAAUGCAUGCACCGGCUUUGGCAGCUACACCGGUAGCACCGGCGCCGACACUGACUGAGUUACCGUCACGGCCGCUGACAUUGACGUGUUGGACACUGAGACAAUAUGGUUAAUUGCAUAUUUUUAGCUGCACAAAAUGUUAGUGCCGAACAGCAGCUAACGGUAAUUCAAUCUGCUUGGCGUAUUAAAUUUUCUAGCUCUUAUUAAGCCGACUCAUAUUUUGAGCGGAGAAUGAAUAAAUUUGUCACUUGUGCUU